UGCCCGCCUGGAACCGACAGCAUUUUGACGUGCGCGCCUCCUCAUUCCCGGAAGCGUGUCGAAGUCUGGCAUCGCCUCUCCCUCAUCGCGCCAUUGAAAGCCCGCAGACUCACAGAAGCGCAUAGUUUUAACGGUGACCAUGGCCGAGCAGGAGCCCACAGCAGAGCAGCUGGCCGCGCUGGCGGUGGAGAACGGGGAGGGGGAGACGGUCAACUACAAGCCGCCCGCCCAGAAAACCCUGCAGGAGAUCGCCGAGCUGGACAAGGAUGACGAGAGCCUGCGCAAGUACAAGGAGGCGCUACUAGGCAGCGCCACGCCCGUAGAUCCUAACGCCAAAGUGAACGUGGUGGUGACGCGACUGACGUUGAUGUGCGAUACAGCGCCCGCCCCCUUAACACUCGACCUGACAGGGGAGCUGGAGACCAUCAAGAAACAGACGUUCAUUCUGAAGGAAGGAGUGGAAUACAAGAUCAAGAUCAGCUUCAGGGUGAAUAAGGAGAUCGUGUCGGGUCUGAAGUACGUUCAGGCCACCUACAGGAAAGGAGUGAAGGUGGAUAAGUCUGACUACAUGGUGGGCAGCUAUGGGCCGCGUGAUACGGAGUAUGAGUUCCUGACUCCGCUGGAGGAGGCGCCCAAGGGCCUGAUCGCCCGCGGCACCUACAACAUCAAGUCCAAGUUCACGGACGACGACAAGCACGACCACUUGAGCUGGGAGUGGAACCUCAACAUCAAGAAGGAGUGGAAGGAUUAAUAGCUCUCCCUUUACCGCUCUCUCCAUCCCUUCUAUCUAUCCCUCUCUCUCUCUACUGAUUUUUCCUGCGGUCGCCCCAUCUUCCUGUUUUGGGAGUGGAAUGUCAACAUCAAGAAGCAAUCUCUCUCUCUCUCUCUCUCUCUCUCUCUCUCUCUCUCUCUCUCUCUCUCUCUCUCUCUCUCUCUCCCCAUCAUGAAAGACUGGAAGGACUGAGACCCUCCAUGCUUCCGCCGUUCCAUCUCUCUCCCUCUCUGUCCCUCCAUCCUCCUGUUCUGAGUGUGGAACGUCGACAUGAAGGACUGGCAGGGACUAAGACAUCACCCUCCUCCUCUUUUUCUCCUUCCUCCAUCCAUUCAUCCAUUUAUCUGUCACCAUCACCCCAUCAUUCACUGCAUCAUGGCCUUCUAUAUUCUUCAGGAUGAAAAGAGCUUCUCUUCUCUCCGUCCACAUAACAGUACAGUAUCAAUCAACCCCCACCCCCUCUCUCUCUCUCUGCCUCUCUCUGCUUCCUCCCUCCCUCCCUCCCGAUGUCUCCAGAGUAUUGAGGUUAUUUUUUUCAUAAAUAUCUAUGUGAAGACAAACAACAACAAAAUGUGCACAAUCCAGAUGAUGAUUUUUUUGUGUUUUUGGUUUGUUUGUAUAUAAAAACAUGAAAUGAAAUGUUGUACUCCUAGUAGUCAGAUGAUUUUUAACACCGCCAUCUCUGCUGAUUUCCUCCCCCCAAUUUCACCCCAGCCCCAACAACAUUCCUCAUGCGUCUUAAAAACAUUUUUGUUUUGUUUUGAACUUCUUUUUUUACUUUGAUUUUUUUUUCUACUAUGAUUUGCCUUUGGUUCAGUUGGGUGGAGUUGAGCUGCUGUAGGAACAGAUUAGUCAUCAUUUUCCCCUCCUGAUACUGUAAAAACACACACACACACACACACACACACACACACACACACACACACACACACACACACACACACACACACACACACACACACACACACACACACACACACACACACACACACACACUUAAGCCUUCAGAUCAGCACUCCAGUGGUGUUUUCUUGGGAAUUGACCACAUGACCUGUCAUGUCAUGAUUGUGUGUGUGUGCGCACAUUUGAAAGACUUCAUAGUGUGCUAACCUCAAGCACUUGCGCCAGUUUCUUAGCAGUGGGUUUGAUCAUGCGUCAUUUUGAACCCCCUCCCCCUUUGUUUGUUUCGCCAUGCGGCCUUAAAACACCAUCACCAGCACAACUGGGCAUGUAACACACGCACACACACACACACACACACACACACACACACACACACGGAAGCCAGUGCAUCAUCACCUGGUCACCUGUGCCAGUCAGGUCCUUGUCAUCUAGAUGUCGCGUCUGCCCCUCCCCUACUCAUAUCAGCCAAUGGGAGGGUCAUAUCUGAUUGCCCUUGAGGUCGCCUUGGGAUUCGUUGGUCAUAUCUAUGGGAGCGGUCAGGGUCAUGUAGAACCAUGAAGCCCAGUCAGAUGUCAAGCACAUCCAUCUUCUUUUAGCCGGGUGCAAGGUCAAAACAUGAAGGUUGUGUAAGACGAGGAAGAACCGCACACCGAUAAGGUCCCUUUUUAAUCCAUCUUUGAAAAUAAAAAUUGGAUUAGAAGGGAGCUCAUCGGUGUGCAAUUCUUCCUUGUCUGUCAUGUACAACCAUACUUGUGGGAGGGGCUUAGAGGUCACCGGGAGGUCAUAUCUGUGGGAGAUCAUUCGGGGCUGCAUCUUCUGUGUGUGUUUUUAGGGUUGUCUGUGUCAUUUGUACCUCGAAGAGUUUCUCUGUCCUCUUUGUCACUGUUGUCUCUCAUUUGGAGAUUAUCCCUCUCGCCUGUGUCCACAUGAAUCCUGAUCAGAACAAACUCAACUAAUGUGUCUGUUUCGUAUUUUUGUGCACCUCAUGGACAUGUUUGACAUAAAGAAUAAAGAUGGGAGUUAAAGUA